GGGGGGGAAGUGUUCAUUUGCCUGAAGGUAGGAAGACCCUAUGGAGGGAUCUAGGUAGGCUGGUUUGAUAGACUGAGGCCAGCAUUCACUAUAUACAUGCAAGACAUAAACAAAAACAGUUUGUUGCAAAGUGUUUGCUGUAUGAACUUACGUCUCUCUUAAAAACUUCAGUGAGUUCUUCAAGAAGCAGAGAAGUACUGUAAAAUACUGGUGGUAAGAACAGUUUCCAAGGGGAACACCUUACAAAUCUCCUGGAAUGCUGGAUUUUGUAACACAAACUGGUAAUUCAAUUCUUGUAAAUAACCAAACACAUCAACGGAAGGGAGAGGAGAUGAUGAAUAAUUCAUAAAAAUGAAAAAGAGCUAAAUUUAUCAGGUGAUUAAUUCUCAACAAAUAUUUAGACUAAUUUUAAUUUUAUGUUCAUGGGUAUGAAUUCAAACACAGUAAAUCCAGGAAGCUGCAACUAACGUUCCCAUAGUGAAAUUAACUCAGGAACGUUCAUAGAUUUAAACAGUAUGUUUUAGAUUAUAUACCACACGUAGGUAUUUAUACAGAUUUACAUAUGUCUUGAAAAUAACUGCGGUUAACAAGCUCUGACAAUCAUCAUUAUUUGUUAACCGUUUCACUACCAGGACUUGCUAUAAUUCCUAGCAGUGGCUCAGGCUACAAUCGGCAGAACAGGGGAACUGGAGGGAGCGCUGCUGUUUCCUUUCCCCGUGCACCAUCUAUGGGCUUCGUGGGCAAGAAGCUCCCUCCUGUGGAAAUGUAUGGUUUUGCAGAAGGACGCAGGUGACGCCAAUUUGCUUUUCUCACUGUGUAAUUCUAUUAAAUCCAGUCCUUUAACUCCUAAAUUCCCCUUAUGCAGACUGAGCAAAAGAAGCAGAAUCCUAUUUUAGUUUUUCCCUUUAAAUCACUUUGCUACCUUCGACAGAAGCAGCUGUUCUUGCAGCCACAGUCUUGCUUCUCACGCCAAACCACGCUCUUGCACUGGUGCUGUGUGUAGCCAAACACAGUGUGUGCUGAGACCAGCAGCCCCCCUGUUGUUUGCUGCUUUUCACCCCCAAACUCCAGCCUUGUGAUAUCCCUUAACAAGCCAAAGACAUCUUUAAAACAAAUGUGUCCAACUCACACUGAAUCCAAUAGAGCUGCUUUUACCUGCAGGGCUGAAUUUGGCUGUCAGUGUCCUUGUAGGUGAGCAAUGUCUGCUUGCAUAUGUUUUCUUAUAUACUGCAAGCAGAUAAUGGUAUUGUAGUUCUUGGUAGUCAGCACAUAAUGACUUGGUUGCUGUUUUCGUGUGUUAGUAUGCUUUCUUUUUCUUGGAGAAAAAAAAAAAUAAUACUUGCAUAUGUGUGUGUAUGAAUGCCCUCUUUAAACCCAAUGGCGGCCUCCAAUAUGACCCAGAAUUGCCUCAGCCUCUGAACAAAACAAAGCACGGAGGCUGGGACAGCUCUUGCUACCAAGGAGAACUUCCUUGGCAGCCUGCUUGGCCUUGCUCCUACAUUUCUGCUCAGUAUCCUGGCAGAAAUAUAGUGCCAAUGCCAGCACUUUUUCAACUAGAAACUCCCUACUUAUGUGAGGACAAGAAUUCAGGUUCACCAAAGAUGCAGUUUGGUGUGAUAUUACCAAAGAAAAGUUAACAUUAUUAAAAAUAAAUAAAUAAAUCUGUGGCUGUACAAACUUUCUUAAUAACAGCGAUGUAUUUCACGUUUUGGGAGUUCUUUACAAAACUCACAUUUCUCAGUUCCCCAAUGGUUCCAAAGCCCAAAGGAGAAUUCAGUAUUUCCCACAAGGACAAGUACAGUCUAAAUUAGAUGUGCGUCCUGAACAUCUAUACAGAAACAUGGUUGUUCUAGUGAAGACCUUAAUUCAGCCAAGUAACUAGUUUGCCACUUGCUAGCUGCCGUGUGUGAUACAUAGCUUUUGUGCUCAGUAGAUGGCAGCAACAGUUCAUUAAUAGAAUGGCUUUCGCAGAUCACAAGGUGUACUCAGGACGCUGGUCAAAGGUCAACACACUUUUAACCUCUUAUUUCUCCCUUAACUGGAGGAUUUUUUUCUUUGUUGCCUGAUAUAAAACCUUUGGCGCAAGAUGUUGGCUUGUCCUUAUCGCCUGCUUUUUAUAGCUGGAUUACAGGUGACAAAUGCCUCAUGAGGUAACAUGGGCAGGAGCCCAGUCUACCUCAAAGAGAGCAUUUCCUUUGGUCAGCCUCAAGGUGAGGCUCCAGCCUCCGGCACCUGGAGUAUCUCUCUAUCUUCCUUAGGUGGAGGAGGGAGAAGCUCCAAUUCCAGGGCACUCCCCACCUUCUGCAGAAACAAAGUGAUAUGUCUAAAGGAAGCUGCUUUGUGGUGUGGUCCCUGGAAGAAUGGGGAGUUUCUAUGGGUAAAAUACCUUUGUCCCUGUGUCAUAUCAUCAUGGUGCACUGCAGUGUGCUGUCCUGGGGCAGAGGAGUGGAAAGCCCCAGUACUGCCAUAACCCCAGAUGAUAACAGUACCUGGGAAGAGAGUGGCAACACAGCAUCUCUGUAAGUUCUGAGAUCUUCUGGUUAUCUAAUAUAUUGGGGAUAUGAAAGUACGUCUCUUUGAACACUUUGUGCAAUUAAAAAAAAAAAUCUUAUUAAUUUUUUUGUUCUAUAAUUAGACAAAUGUUGGAAUGAUCUCAACUCAGUGUUUUCUAAGGGAGGUAAGUGGUUCCUGUAUUGAGAGAUAGAAAAAAAAAAAAAGCAAUUUCAUGAAUAUUACUUUAAUUCAAAGAGCAGCUACAGGUUUUUAACUGUACUUUUUGUUCCUGAAAAGUGGAACCCUUGGUGGGGGCAGGGGGAGCUGCAGCUUUAGAUCCUUAGGAAAAGUUACUCCAUAUUUUGUGACAGGAGAUUUGUUAUUUUUUCUGGAAUGCAAGAUGUUUUGUUAAACUCAGUCUCUCUUAGGAAUAGCAUCCUCAAAGCCAAAUCACUCCCAUUAGCAAUUGCCAUGAGACUGACUUGUUUAUUUAUCAGCAGUUAAUUCCUUCACUCCUCUCACAUGAAGCUAAGAAAUCAGUUUGCUAAAGAGAUGAAUACGUAUUUUUUGGAGUGAGGCAGCCCAGGCAAGAUACCACUUCCUGCUUUCUUUUCCAUAUUUGUUAAUGUUCUUUUAUUAGCACAGUACUAACCUUUCACAAAACAAAGAUCAGAUGGGCAGGCUGAUGCAUGCCUAGUGAUUGUGUCCCAGAGUACAUCAAUUCCUUUAACUUAAAGGACAGGAAAUUUUUGGCAUUGUGAAAAGAGGUCUGUAGGUGAUUUCCUGAUUGUGCAUCUCCAGAAUUGCUACUGAAAAUUAAUCUACAUUCACAAUUAGGUCUUGCAUUCCAUUCUCUUGCGAAAAUGAUAGCAGAGACCUCUCAUCCCCAUUAUUUUCUGUUUUCUUCUGGCAAAGGAUUAGUAUUUCUGUAGGAAUCAGAGUCCUGUCCUUAUGUACCCUGAUAGCCUCGAAGUCUACUUGAAAGCCACAGACUUGCGUUGAACAAGCCAUGUCAACAGGAUGUGUUAGCUCAGUGUGUACUUCAGGGGCUUUCUUACUGUGUGACAACCACACGAGAAAUAUCACUGAAAGAAGAUGAUGAAGAAAGAAAAAAUGUUUUAAGAAAAUCAUUGAUAACUCGCAGCUUGAUUAUACUCAACAAUUGAAUCAGAAACUGGAUGGCAAAUACAAUUUAUAAUACCAUGUGUUGGCCAAGUCCAUCAGAAAUGAUUGAUGUCUCAUCAUCACGGUUGGGUACCACAGGAUCCAACAAGGUGCCAGACUUUAGGAGGACCGGAGGCUGAACUGGCUGUGAGUAGGUUUCUUCCAGAAAAACGUCUGAGAGAAAAAGGAAGGGAUGUGCUGCUGUUCUCCUGGACGGGACAAAGAUAUCCUCAUGUAGGAAACGACGUUCAUCCCUAUCUCAAACAGACACGUUUGUUGGAAUAGAGUAUUUAAAUCUGUGCAUGCAUGGCAAGCCUUUGGGCCCCAGACUACAGCUGCUCUUAUCUGACAGACCACCAGCAGCUCCCUGGUUCUCUUUUUUGAGCUUCCCUCUUCUCCGUCACCAAUGGGCUGCUCAUGGAUUAAGGAUGGUGAGCGGCUCCCCAGGGCCUACAUGGAAAGCACAGUAAUUUGGGACAGCUUUAAAAAUUAUAGGAAACUUUCCAGUACUCUCAACCUGCUCAGACUUAAGAACAGCAUUUCUCCAAGCAGCGUGGAUCCUCUGUGCUGUCUGUAUUUCUCCAACUGGGACCAUCAUACCAAACGGUUACAAGCAGAUCCAGCAGUGAUCCACAGCAAUGCAAGCAAAUAACCCGGCACCAGCACCUGAAUUCUCCAAUACUGGCUAUGCACCAGGAAACCAGCCCCCCUAUGGCCACCCGCAGUAUGCAGCUGGGAACUUCUACGGCACGCCUGCAGCGGGGCCCUAUGCUUUCCAGGCACAGCCCGUGGGAAACCCAUCCGGAGCUGCUGUUCCACCCAUCCAGAACCAGCCUCCUGGGGCCAUCUGGAUGCCCAUCCCUCCUCCUCUUCCCAACUGCCCUCCUGGACUGGAAUAUCUCACGCAGAUUGACCAGAUAUUAAUUCAUCAGCAACUUGAGCUUCUUGAGAUUUUUAUUGGAUUGGAAUCAAACAACAAAUAUGAAAUCAAGAAUUCAUUGGGACAAAGGGUGUACUUUGCAGCAGAGGACACUGACUGCUGCACAAGGAACUGUUGUGGGCCAGCACGACCUUUCACCAUCAAGAUUAUGGACAAUCUGGGUCAUGAGGUGAUAAGGCUGGAGAGACCCCUCAGGUGUUCGUCAUGUUUAUUCCCCUGCUGCUUACAGGAGAUAGAAAUUCAAGCACCUCCAGGAACACCAGUAGGUUAUGUUGUCCAGAAUUGGCAUCCCUGCUUGCCCAAGUUUACUAUUCAGGAUGAGAAAAGAAUGGAUGUACUGAAAAUCAGUGGCCCUUGUGUCGUCUGCAGCUGUUGUGAGGAUGUUAAUUUUGAGGUGAAGUCUUUGGAUGAGGUUUCUAAUGUUGGGAGGAUUUCUAAGCAGUGGUCUGGGUUUUUGAAAGAAGCAUUUACAGAUACUGAUAACUUUGGAGUCUCAUUUCCAAUGGACCUUGACGUAAAAAUGAAAGCUGUCAUGCUCGGUGCUUGCUUCCUUAUCGACUUCAUGUUUUUUGAGAGUAUUGGUGACAGCCAUCAGCGAACGGGAGUGUGGCAGUGAAAUCUAGAAGUCUGUAUUUAGAAGGAAGAAAAUAAACCACCCACUUGCCAGUGGAUUACAGAGCUCCAGUGAGAAUGUGAGAAGUGGACCUCUUACACUUGUAAUUAUAUUUCUAUAAACUAAAAGCUUUAUUGUCUAGCUUCUGGUUCUGUAAUCUAAUGACACUGUUGUGUUCAAAUAAGCACCUUUUGUCUGUACAGAUCAAUACUGUAAUGUAUAGAAAUAUAUAGCAGCCUUUUUUCCGGUAAGUUUGGAAUUGUUGUAUUAAAAACUUAAUUCUUAAAAAAGAGAUCUAUUUCUGUGUUCAAUAAUAAUAUAAACAGUCAGCCUAAUAAAGAGGUUCUGGUCAUUUCCUA